UAUGUACAGAGUAUUGCUAUGUUCCUAAACUAUUGUCUAUAUUUUCUUUAUUUUAGCUAACUUCUGUAUUAAGACUCAACUGGAAGAUUUUGAGUUCCCACAAACUGUAUUUGGCUGGUUCGCUUACUCUUCACAGAUGUGUCUACCUGGUACAACUAACUCUGGUAUUUCCAGAGCCUCAGCAAGAUGCUUUUACAACAAUGGAAACCCAAAAUUUGACUCCAUUGAAAAAAUUGAAUGUGAAUUAACCCUUGAGAAUAUUCGAGCCAAUGUCACAGUUUCACUUGGGGCAGUGGAAGCACAGCAGCUAGCAAGCAGUACACAGAUCCUUACUUCAAGACCAGAGCAGUUGACGACCUCAAACAUCACUUCUGCAGCGCUGAUAGUCAAUACCAUCCUGUCCAACAGCAUCAACAUUACAGAGGGGAUAGCUGAAGCUGCUGUGACAACAAUUAGUCAGCUACUGACUGCUGAUCCUCAACAAUUCCCCGAGCAAAGCAGUGCCACCGUAAGGUGA